AUGACAGAUAAAAAACGUACAUUAAAUGAAGAUGAAACAUCACAGACUGUAACAGAGCAACCUGUUGUUGACAAUGCAUCUUCAGAGGGAUCAUCGGAAUCAAAAGUACAAAGUCUAAAGAAACAGAGAGUAGAAAGUGAAGUUACUCCUGCUGAAUCAUCGGAAAAGAAGGAACAGGAGGUAGAAAAAGAAAAAGAUACAGAAACAACAGCUGCUGCAGAUCAAUCGAAAUCAACAAAAGAAGUCGUAGCAGAGAAGAAAGAAGAUGAAAAGAAAGAGAAUGAAAAAGAAGAGAAGAAAGACGAUGAUAAGGAUGAAAAGAAAGCAGAAGCUACUACUACUGAAAAACAACAACCCGAAAAUACCGACGAAAAGAAACCAACCAACUCAUCACCAUGGAGUUUUGCAACAUUUACAUCAUCCAAUCCAGACCCCUCUAAACCAUUUGCUAGUUCAUUUGGAUUCUCAUCAUUUAGCUCAAUGACAUCACCAUUCUCAUUCGAUUUAAAUUCGACAUCAUCGUUUUCAUCUGGAUUCAACGCAAAGCAACAAACAAACAAUAAUAAUAACAAUAAUAAUAAUAGUAUUACAACCACAACAGAAGUAGGUGAAUCACAAGAGUCAAACGAUGGUGAAGCCGGUGCAUCUACCACCGGUGGUGAUGAAGAUUAUCUAAAUAAUAGUACCUCUAAUUAUGUCCCAAUUCUACAAAAUUUACAACCAGUACAAAUCGUAACAGGUGAAGAGGAUGAAAAGACAAUUUGUUCAGCCAAGGCAAAACUAUACAUAUUGAAUGAAACUUACAAAGAGAGAGGUGUCGGUCUUUUGAAAUUGAAUAAGAAUACUGAUGGUAAAUCAAGAUUACUUUUAAAUGUUGAUGGAUCAAAGAGAUCCGCUUUGAAUGUUGCUAUUUUCGCCAAGAUGAAGGUUGAAAUGCCAACAGAGAAAUCAUUAAGAUUCACAGCCUUUGAAGAGGGUAAGUUUCAUACUUUCUUGGUAAACAUGAAGAAGCCAGAGGAAACAGAAAUGUUUGAGAGUAAUAUAACGAAACAGAUUGCACUUUUAGAAAAGGCACUGCCUGCCUCUUCUUCCACAACCUCUACCAAUGGUAACGGUCAAGAAAAAGAGAGCACAGCCACUACCACCAACAACACAACACUUGAAACAACUGCUGAAUAA